GCGCCUUCGUCGGCCGGCCGCGGCCGGCCGACGUCGACGGCGACGCCGCGGCCGGCCCGCGGACCGUCGCGGCCGCCUUCGCCCGGGACCGCCACUGGGCCGCCGGCGACGACGACGCGGAGGCCCGGCCGCCGCGGACCGACGCGGAGGACGCGGCGCUGGAGGCGUGUCUGCUCUACGAGCUCGGCUGGGAGGCGGCCGCGCCCGUCGCGGCGGAGCUGCCCCCGUCGCGCUACGUCGUGUUUCCGGACGCGCGGGGCGUCGCGGCGUCGUUCGUUCCGCCGGACGUCGAGGCGCUCGUCGGCGACGCCGUCGCGGACGCGCCGACCUGCGCCGCGGCGCGCGGCGCCGUCGACCGCCUCCUGGACGCGGCGGACGCGCUGCCCGCGACGGCGCACGCGCGCUACGUCGUCGGCUUCGGGCUCGACGGCCCCCGGGGGGCACUGAGAGACGUCGCGGACGUCGCGGAGGCGCGCGCGGCGGCGCUGCUGCGCCUCUUCGGGCGCCUGGCGACGUCCACGGAACGGUCGAGCGUCGUCGUGCUCACGCGGGGCGUGCACCCGGACGCGUGGGGCGCGCCGGACGGCGCGGGCGUCUGGGGCGGCGCGCUCUGGGGCGCGGCGACGUCCGCGCGCGUCGAGCUCGCGGCGCUCCGCGCGGACCCGCCGGCCAUCGCCUGCGUCGACAGCGGGCGCCGCGCGUCGUCGAAGGCGCUGCGGAGGGAGGUGCAGGGCGCGCUGUCGGACGACGUGAGACUCGCCGACGGGUCGCGCGCGGUCGCGCGGCUCCGGCCGGGCCGGCGGCACCACGCGGCGUCGGCCUUGGACGUUUCGCCGCCGGCGGGCGUGCUGGUCAUCACGGGCGGCACGGGCGCGCUCGGCUUAGCUGUUACUCGGUGGCUCCUGGAGCUGCGCGCGCGCGACGUCGACGCCGGCGCGGCGGCGGCGGCGACGCGGAUCUGCCUGCUGUCGAGGAGCGGCGGCGCGAGUCCCGCCUACGUCGCCGGCCGCGGCGACCUGGACGCCGCGGCGCGGCGCGCCGGGGCCUCCGUCGAGGCGCUCGCGGUCGACGUCGGCGACGACGCGGCGCUCGAGCGCGCCUUGUCCGACCUCGGCCCCGUCGCGGGCGUCGUCCACGCCGCGGGGCUCCUCGCGGACGCGGCGCUGGCCCAGGAGGAGCUGGCGAAGCUCCGGGCC